GCAGAGGCGGCCGCCCAGCCCGAGCGGGCGGCAGGAGGGAGGCGCGCCGGGGUGAGCGGGCUGCGCCGCUGCCGCCACCGCGCCGACUUUGCCCUUUAAAUCCGUUUCCAAGCCGAUUACAGCUGAUCUCCCACGUGACGUUUACCUUCUGUCUCUUGGAGCAAAUUGCCCGAGGACAGUCCUCCGCCGGUUGCCUUGCGUCGCGCCUCUCCAGCCCGCUUCUGAGACUCGGCUCCCGCAACUUUUGGUGAAGCGGCGGCCGGGUCACUUUCCACCCCGGCGUCAGGAGCUCCGGUGGUUUGGCUGAGCCCGGAGAGCGGCGGUCGGGGCCGAGAACGUGCCCCGGCCCCAGCCCGACGCCCCUUGGACCUUAGCGGCUCUGCGCGCGGGAGGCCGGCGGGGUGCGCUGCGCACCCAGUCGCGAAAGAGGAAGUCCUUUCCCCAGCCCGGACGGGACCCGGCGUGCCCUCGGGGAGCGGGACCGGCAUGCACGCGAGGCAGGGGUGAAGCGGGCAGCCACCGGAGCGCGCCCCGCGCCCUCACCAUGCAGAAGAGCGUACGCUACAACGAGGGGCACGCCUUGUACCUAGCCUUCCUGGCGCGCAAGGAGGGCACCAAGCGCGGCUUCCUAAGCAAGAAAGCGGCGGAGGCGAGCCGCUGGCACGAGAAGUGGUUCGCCCUUUACCAGAAUGUGCUCUUCUACUUCGAGGGUGAGCAGAGCGGCCGGCCGGCGGGCAUGUACCUCCUGGAGGGCUGCAGCUGCGAGCGGGCGCCCACACCACCUAGGACCGGUACUGGGCCGGGCGGCACUCGGGACGCGUUGGACAAGCAGUAUUACUUUACUGUUCUUUUUGGCCACGAAGGUCAGAAGCCACUGGAGCUGCGCUGUGAGGAGGAGCAGGAUGGUAAAGAGUGGAUGGAGGCCAUUCACCAAGCCAGUUAUGCAGACAUUUUGAUUGAGAGGGAAGUGUUAAUGCAGAAGUACAUUCAUCUAGUUCAGAUCGUAGAGACAGAAAAAAUUGCAGCUAACCAACUUCGGCAUCAACUUGAAGAUCAAGAUACAGAAAUUGAAAGGCUUAAAUCAGAGAUUAUUGCUCUUAAUAAAACAAAGGAACGAAUGCGACCUUACCAAAGCAACCAAGAAGAUGAGGACCCAGACAUCAAAAAGAUUAAAAAGGUGCAGAGCUUCAUGCGAGGAUGGUUGUGUAGAAGGAAAUGGAAGACCAUCGUGCAGGAUUACAUUUGUUCUCCUCACGCUGAAAGUAUGAGGAAGAGAAACCAGAUUGUGUUCACCAUGGUGGAGGCCGAGUCAGAGUAUGUUCACCAGCUCUACGUUCUGGUCAACGGCUUCCUUCGGCCCCUGCGGAUGGCAGCCAGCUCCAAGAAGCCCCCCAUCAGCCACGACGACGUCAGCAGUAUUUUUCUCAACAGUGAAACAAUCAUGUUUCUUCAUGAAAUAUUUCAUCAAGGACUGAAGGCAAGAAUAGCUAACUGGCCUACUUUAAUUUUAGCUGAUCUGUUUGAUAUUUUGCUCCCCAUGCUGAACAUUUAUCAAGAAUUUGUGCGUAAUCACCAGUACAGUCUCCAAGUACUCGCCAAUUGUAAGCAAAACAGAGAUUUUGACAAACUCUUAAAACAGUAUGAAGCCAACCCUGCUUGUGAGGGGAGGAUGCUGGAAACGUUUUUGACCUAUCCAAUGUUUCAGAUCCCCAGGUACAUCAUCACACUCCAUGAACUUCUAGCUCAUACACCCCAUGAGCAUGUGGAGAGGAAAAGUCUGGAGUUUGCUAAGUCAAAACUAGAGGAACUCUCCAGGGUGAUGCAUGACGAAGUGAGCGAUACUGAAAACAUAAGGAAAAACCUCGCCAUAGAAAGAAUGAUAGUAGAGGGCUGUGAUAUUUUGCUGGACACCAGCCAGACUUUCAUUCGCCAAGGUUCUCUUAUUCAAGUACCUUCUGUUGAGAAGGGGAAACUUAGUAAAGUUCGCCUGGGUUCAUUGUCUUUGAAAAAGGAAGGAGAAAGACAAUGCUUCUUAUUUACAAAACACUUUUUAAUUUGUACAAGAAGUUCAGGAGGAAAGCUGCAUCUGCUCAAGACAGGUGGGGUUCUGUCCCUAAUAGAAUGCACGUUGAUUGAGGAGCCAGAUGCAAGCGAUGAUGACUCCAAAGCUUCUGGCCAAGUGUUUGGACACCUGGAUUUUAAAAUCGUGGUGGAGCCUCCGGAUGCUCCCCCUUUCACUGUAGUCUUGUUAGCUCCUUCACGCCAGGAGAAAGCUGCCUGGACAAGCGACAUAAGUCAGUGUGUGGACAAUAUACGGUGUAAUGGUUUAAUGACUAUAGUGUUUGAAGAGAAUUCCAAAGUUACUGUGCCACAUAUGAUUAAAUCUGAUGCCCGUCUGCACAAAGAUGACACUGAUAUCUGCUUCAGUAAAACCCUCAACUCCUGCAAAGUGCCCCAGAUUCGUUACGCCAGCGUGGAGCGCCUCUUGGAACGGCUGACAGACCUGCGGUUUCUUAGUAUCGAUUUCCUCAACACUUUUCUGCACACCUAUCGCAUUUUCACCACUGCAGCUGUGGUGCUGGCGAAGCUCUCGGACAUCUACAAGAGGCCUUUCACCUCCAUCCCUGUCAGGUCCUUGGAAUUGUUUUUUGCUACCAGCCAGAACAACAGAGGUGAACAUUUGGUGGAUGGAAAAUCCCCACGUCUGUGUCGCAAAUUUUCUUCCCCACCGCCGCUGGCUGUGUCUAGAACAUCCUCCCCUGUGAGGGCCAGAAAGCUGUCCUUGACUUCUCCCUUGAACUCAAGAAUGGGAGCCUUGGACCUGACCACUUCCUCGGCGUCCAGCAGCCCCACCACCUCCCAUAGCCCUGCAGCAUCCCCACCGCCCCACACUGGUAAAGCACCAUUGGAUCUUAGCAGAGGCCUUUCUUCUCCAGAGCAAAGCCCGGGAUCUGUAGAAGAGAAUAUAGACAACCCUCGCGUGGAUCUGUGUAACAAGCUAAAACGAAGUGUUCAAAGAGCAGCAGUCCUAGAGUCUGCACCAGUGGACCAAGCAGGACAGGAAAGCUCUCCAGCAUCGGACGCCACGGAACUUUCUCCUUGCAGAUCCCCCUCAACUCCUCGGCACCUCCGCUAUCGCCAGGCAGGAGGACAGACUGCUGACAAUGCCCACUGCUCUGUUUCGCCUGCUUCUGCUUUUGCAAUUGCCACAGCUGCAGCAGGACAUGGGAGUCCACCAGGAUUUAACAACACUGAGAGAACGUGCGACAAGGAGUUCAUUAUCCGGAGAACAGCCACCAAUCGGGUACUUAAUGUCCUCAGGCACUGGGUCUCAAAGCACGCGCAGGAUUUUGAACUCAACAAUGAACUAAAGAUGAAUGUCCUAAAUUUACUAGAAGAAGUUUUGCGAGACCCAGACCUUCUUCCCCAAGAAAGGAAAGCUACAGCGAAUAUCCUGAGGGCCCUUUCACAAGAUGAUCAAGAUGACAUCCACCUAAAAUUGGAAGAUAUCAUUCAACUGACCGACUGUCCAAAGGCUGAGUGCUUUGAGACCUUGUCCGCCAUGGAGCUGGCUGAGCAGAUCACCCUGCUGGACCACAUCGUGUUCAGGAGCAUCCCCUACGAAGAGUUUCUUGGGCAGGGGUGGAUGAAACUGGAUAAAAAUGAGAGAACACCUUACAUUAUGAAAACCAGCCAGCACUUUAAUGAUAUGAGUAACCUAGUCGCCUCCCAGAUAAUGAAUUAUGCUGACGUCAGCUCUCGUGCCAAUGCAAUUGAGAAGUGGGUGGCGGUGGCCGACAUUUGCCGAUGCCUGCACAACUACAAUGGCGUGCUGGAGAUCACCUCAGCCUUCAACAGAAGUGCCAUCUACAGGCUCAAGAAAACCUGGGCCAAGGUGUCAAAGCAGACAAAAGGACUAAUGGACAAACUUCAGAAGACUGUUUCAUCUGAAGGAAGAUUUAAAAAUCUCAGAGAAGCCCUUAAAAACUGUAAUCCCCCAGCCGUUCCUUACCUUGGAAUGUACCUGACAGACCUGGCGUUUAUUGAAGAAGGAACACCAAACUUCACUGAGGAAGGCCUUGUCAAUUUUUCCAAAAUGAGAAUGAUAUCACACAUCGUCAGAGAGAUACGCCAGUUCCAGCAGACUUCCUACCGGAUAGACCAUCAGUCAAAGGUCACUCAGUACUUGCUUGACAAAAACCUCAUCAUGGAUGAAGAUACGCUAUAUGAGCUGUCACUAAAAAUCGAACCUCGACUCCCUGCUUGACAAUCCAGCUUUGUCCGAGUGCAUGGAAUUUUCAUGGAAGCAGGACAGACAGAACUGUGCAUGCCUCAUGCAGGGCAAGGAGAAGUCAAGAGAAGACAAAUCCAGUCUCAUUUCUCCACCAAUGAAGAUGGAACUGGACUGGAAUUCUGUCUCUGGCAAGAACAGCACAGCCAUCUGGGGUGAAGGAUAAAUGCUUGACGCGGGUGGGAAGGUGAAAGGAUUGAUAUUUGGUAAAGCUGAUUGCACAUUUUGUUUAAGGGAAUGUAGAGAGGGGAGAUGCACAUAGCCAUUUUAAUGAAGCAGGUAAGAAGGCAAAUUUCAAAUUAUAUCCUGGGUUCUGUUAGAAUUUGGGGAAAAGUAUCCAUGGAAAAGACCUGUGAUGUUUCUCGGGCACUUGAUUAGCCUGGGCACCCUACCAGUCUCCUCCCAGGAUUUAACUGCUUCCAUUACAUUUCUUUUGUUACAAGCUUCACAGAAAAGCCAAUGCUUCUUCCUCUGUAGGGAUGAGCCAACCCAUAAGCAAUUGCUGUCUAUGGCAUAUGCAUGAUUGUCAAUGCAUUAUAAAUAUUUACAUUUGAGGAAUGGUAUGUGCUGAACCCGCAUUUUUGGUCUUUAGGCUACUGGACAAGAAAUGAUAUGGCUAUGUGGAUUUGUACAUAAUAUUUCCUUCACUGACAACUCAGUAGGCUGUGCCCAGAGGAUUCCAGCCUGUGGCCGUCUUGGGGACGGAGGAGGAAAGGGUUUUUCCUGGGGCUGGUGGUGUCCCACAGCAGGUGCAGAGUGGGUGAAAAUACUGCUCACUUGGGUGCAUGCCGCGUCACUGCCGAAACUGGGAACAAGAUAAAAGACCAUACAGUGCAGCAGGGAAUGAUGGGUGUCAAUGCAAAGUGAAAAUGCAGACUUUAAAAUCAUCUCUGCACCUUGGUUUGCCUAUUUUCUUUUCCCUCUUAUGGUAAUGUGGGAAUCUAUUCUGAUUUACACAUAUAAUUUUUAGGAUCACUGUGAAUGUUGGUUGUUGUUUCUUGUUUUUGUUUUUGUUUUUAAGUUGUUUAGUGGUAUUUUCUUUUUAAAGCCCACACUUGCAUUAGUUUGGUAGACAGUUCUCCCCAGCUAUCUUUUUUAAAUGUUUUUGAGAUAUUUCUGAAUGAAAAUAUUGUAAGUGCAUGGGAAAUGGGCCCAACCACCCAACUGCUCUUACAUCAGAAAACCAAAUGCAGGGGUUAGUCCUGCUACCCUAGGCUGGGGAAGUGUCCUUACUUUUCCCAAGAUUGUGAUUUGUUGAAGAAAUAGGGCUAUCUCCUUGUUUACCUUCCUCUUCUCUUCUCAGGGAGACUGCUGCUUUAAAAGAAGGAAGAGAAAAAUAUAGAGAUAUCACCUGAGCCUAUUGCACCUGAUAUUUUCUCUUAGAGGCAUGAAGCUUAUUGAUGCUGACAAUGAAAAAAUUGAUCUGUCUGGCUGUUUUCCCUCUUUCUUUGCACUUUAAUUAUGUUGUUAGAGCUAACAGCUGACUAAUAAAUUCCUCUUGCUGGUUCUUAAGACCCAGUGGAAGCACUAGCAUUGAUAAUGUAUCAUAGAGGUGGAGAAUGUACAUUUUUUUUUUGCAUGGUAAAGACCAUCUCUGUACAUAACUAUAUAGUGAAAUAUCAACUAAGUAAAAGGAGAUAUUUAUAAUAUUUGAAGACCAUUCAAAAAAUAUUUUCAAUAGCACUUAUUAGCCAACAGUGUAGCACUAAACCCAAGGAGGGUUAUUUAUGGAUAUUUUCUUUUUCUUUUUUUUUUUUUAAAUGUUGC